CACUGCACAAACUACUUGACGUCCAUGGCCAUCGGUUCCCUCAAAAUUGUCUCGCUCUUGCUUAUUAGCCUCCUCUUUUCUCCUACAAAUGAAGCACAUGUUACUUAUCUUCACCACAAUUGCUCUCCCAACAUAACCUUCGCUGCCAACAGUGCUUUUCAAUCGGACCGAACGACGCUCUUCUCUUCCCCAGCUUUCGUCAACACCGACUUCUACAACGCCACCGUUGUCGGUGGCGGCGACACCGUCCACGGCCUCUUCAUGUGUCGGGGUGACGUCAACCUCGCGAUGUGCCACCAGUGCGUCGUUCACGCAACCCAACGAUUAUCUUCGGAGUGCCGAGUUUCGAAGGAGGCAAUAAUCUGGUACGACGAGUGCUUGCUUCGCUAUUCUAACCGUUUCUUCUUCUCCACCAUUGACACGAGGCCUAGACUCAGCCUCUUUGACGCCGGAAGUGUCUCAAACCAGGCAAGCUUCAUGAGAACAUUGUACGAUACAAUGAACAGGACGGCAGAUGAGGCGGCUAAACCAGCUGUUGGGAAAAAGAAGUAUGCGACCGGAGCAGCGAAUUUCUCAUCGUUUCAAACUGUGUAUUGUCUAGCACAGUGCACACCGGACCUUUCGCCGUCAGAUUGCAGAAGUUGCCUGAGUGGUGUGAUUGGGGAACUUAAGUGGUGUUGUAGUGGGAAGCAAGGAGGAAGAGUGCUGUACCCGAGCUGUAAUGUCCGCUAUGAGUUGCACCCUUUCUAUCAGUCGGAAGCUGCAGGUGUUCCUCCUACAAAUAGUACCGGUUCCCAAGGAAAAGGUGGAAUCUCAUCGGGGGCGAUUGUUGCGAUUGUGGUUCCAACUUCUGUGGCUGUCCUGAUAUUUAUAGUCGGCAUCUGUUGCCUGAGUAAACGAGCAAUGGAGAAGUACGACUCUGAUGCCAAAGGUAAAUCUGCAAUUGACAUCGGCAAAGUGGAUUCACUGCAAUAUGAUUUCAGUACAAUUGAAGCAGCCACGAACAAGUUCUCUGCAGAUAACAAGCUUGGUGAAGGCGGAUUUGGACCGGUUUACAAGGGGACGCUUGCAAAUGGACUAGAAAUUGCUGUGAAGAGACUCUCCCGAGAAUCUGGACAAGUUGUACAAGAAUUUAAGAAUGAAGUAGAGGUGGUUGCGAAGUUACAGCACAGAAAUUUGGUGAGGCUGCUGGGAUUUUGUGUGCAAGGGCAAGAAAAUAUUCUUGUUUAUGAAUAUUUUCCCAACAAAAGUCUUGAUCACAUUCUUUUCGAACCUGAAAAGCAAAAACAGCUAGAUUGGACAAAGCGGUACAAGAUUGUCAAAGGAAUUGCUCAAGGCAUUAAAUACCUUCAUGAAGAUUCAAGACUUAAAAUUAUACAUCGUGAUCUUAAAACUAGUAAUAUAUUAUUGGACAGUGACAUGAAUUUAAAAAUAUCAGAUUUUGGUUUGGCAAGGAUUUUUAUGGUGGACCAAACUCAUGAAACCAUUAACAUUGCUGGAACACUUGGAUAUAUAUCUCCGGAAUACGCCAUGCAUGGACAGCUUUCUGUUAAGUCUGAUGUGUUCAGCUUUGGUGUCCUUUUAAUGGAGAUUAUAAGUGGGAGGAGGAAUAGUCCUUCCUAUCAAAUGGAGGGUGGUGAGGACCUGGACCUGCUUAUCUAUGCCUGGAAACUUUGGAAGGAUGGAGAACCCUUGGAACUGUUGGACCCCACAAUAAGAGAAUCUUAUGCUCCAGAUGAAGUUAUGAGAUGCAUCCACAUUGGUUUGCUGUGCGUUCAAAGUGAUCCAGCAGAGAGGCCUUCAAUGUCAUCCAUAGUUCUGAUGCUUGAAAAUUAUCCUAUGACUCUGCCAACCCCUUCGCUGCCUGCAUAUUUUGUGCAAAAUGGAGCUUCUCGAAACAUUCUUGGUCAAUCCACGCCCAACACACUACCAAUGUCAGUCAACGAGAUGUCGGUUAGUGAUGAAUGCGUCGGUAAGCUUGAAAGUUGGAGGUUUUAAUGCACACGUGCCUCUGUCUAAGUGGUCGGUCUAUUCAGGCAACGUUUUAUUUAUAGCCACGAUGUCUGCAGAUGAAUUCUUUUGUUCCUCCUGUAAUAUUUUGAGUU